GCUCCUGAAGGGAAGUAUCCAAAUGGCAUCCGAAGUGUGUUUGUUGACAUCAUGAGGACUGAAGGUCCUCGUGCCCUUUUCAAAGGAGUUGCCCCAGUGAUGAUCAGGGCUUUCCCAGCAAAUGCUGCUUGUUUCUUAGGUUAUGAGGUUGCCAUUAAAUUCCUCAAUUAUAUGGCACCAAAUUUGUAAAGGUUGAUGAUUGAUAGAACAUUUAUUAUAGUCAUAUACAAUUUGAACUUGAAUUGUAAAUAAUAAUUUUUCAGACAGCAUGAGGUCAGCUCACCCAACUUUAGCCAUGCACAAUACCUCUGUCCUUAUAAGUAAUACAUUUGCCUGUUUUUAUGAAUUUAAUGUAAACAAAUUCUAACUUUUCAAAGAAAUUAAGGAAUAUGAUAAUUCAUAUAAUACAGGAAUAAGUUCUUAGUGAUAUAUAGAGCAGAGCCAUUACAUUAUAUAAAAUGUGUUGUUAAGCAAGAAGAUAAUUUAGAAAAUUGUGAAUGUUUUUUUAUUAUAACUGACAGGAAUCUUAAAACAGUGAAAGAAAAUAUUGCUCAGGAAAAAAAUAUGGCAUUUUUGUGUUGUAGUGCAGACAGUGGCAUUGUUUCAUAUUUUAGAAUAUUAUAUGCAGUAAUACACCACUUUAAUAUAUGAAUAAUGCACAUGUAGUUAGUAAUACCUAAGUAGUAAAUUUGUAAGUUAAAAUCAUAUUGCACCGUGGAGAUUGAAUGUUAUGAAUAAUGAGCUGUGUGCUGUUGUGAGAAACUGCAUAACACCGUCCCUCCCAUGUUUGCCUUGCCGGUAAAUGUAGGAUUUUAUUUCUUUUCUUGAAACUAUAAAUCAUUUCUUGAUUUUAGACAAAAUAACAUAAAUAUCUCUUACUGCCAUUUAUAGUCAAAAGAUAUUUGCUGAAACAUCCUCCAAAUCUAUUGUACUAUAUAUUCUUGUAAGAAUUGUAUUAUAACAUGUAAUAUGAUAUUUAAAAAGGUCAAGAAAGGUUCUUUUAUAGUUUACCAUAUGUAGUGUAAUACUACUGCUGUUUAAAGCAGAUAUGAACAAUGCAAUUAAGUUAACAAAUAUUUUUUCAUACUGUAUUGUAUUUUAUGCAUAUGGGCUACCUAAGUGCAGACAAAAGAUAAAUGUAAAACCUGAGACUAUUUUGCUAUCCCAUAACUAGCUGCUUAGUAUUGAAUGAAUUUAGUGUACUUUGUAUAUUUCUCCAUAAAGCUUACAGACAGCUUAACCUUGAUAUGGAGCUUGUUAGAUUUCCUGUUUUUAUAUAAAGUAAAAAAAAAAGAUAAAUAUAUUAGAGACAGUUACAAAAA